AUGACCGUGGUGUCCACGGAGAACAUGGACGAGACUUCCACCCUGCCGGGUCACCCGCAGGACCCGUAUCCGCCCGACGACGACCACGACGACCACGACUGCUGCGAGCGCGUCGUCAUCAACAUCUCGGGGCUGCGCUUUGAGACGCAGCUGAAGACGCUGGCUCAGUUCCCCGAGACGCUGCUCGGGAACCCCAAGAAGAGGAUGCGCUACUUCGACCCUUUACGAAAUGAGUACUUCUUCGACCGGAACCGUCCCAGUUUUGACGCCAUCUUGUACUAUUACCAGUCGGGGGGUCGGCUGCGGAGGCCGGUCAACGUUCCGUUGGACAUGUUCUCGGAGGAGAUAAAGUUCUACGAGCUGGGCGCCGAGGCCAUGGAGAAGUUUCGUGAGGACGAGGGGUUUAUCCGGGAGGAGGAGCGACCGCUGCCGGAGAAGGAGUUCCAGCGGCAGAUCUGGCUCCUGUUCGAGCAUCCGGAGAGUUCUGGUCCGGCCCGGGGGAUCGCCAUCGUCUCAGUGAUGGUUAUUCUGAUUUCUAUUGUCAUAUUUUGUUUGGAGACUUUACCGGAGCUGAAGGAGGAUCCCAGCGACCGGAUCCAGACGGUGGGAAACACCACCAUACACUACAAACCCAACGUCCUCACAGACCCUUUCUUCGUGGUGGAGACGCUCUGCAUCAUCUGGUUCUCCUUUGAGCUCAUAGUUCGUUUCUUUGCGUGUCCCAGCAAAGCGGCGUUCUUUAAGAACAUGAUGAACUCCAUUGACAUUGUGGCUAUAAUCCCAUACUUCAUCACGCUGGGCACCGAGCUGGCUGAUGACCAGGAAAACGGGGAGGGGAAGGGUGGCGGCGGCGAGCAGGCCACGUCUUUGGCCAUUCUCAGGGUGAUCCGACUGGUCCGGGUCUUCCGGAUCUUUAAACUGUCCCGGCACUCCAAAGGGCUCCAGAUUCUGGGCCAAACUCUGAAGGCGAGCAUGCGGGAGCUGGGCCUGCUCAUCUUCUUCCUCUUCAUCGGCGUGAUUUUGUUUUCCAGCGCCGUCUACUUCGCCGAGGCCGAGGAGAAGGAGUCGUUCUUCACCAGCAUCCCGGACGCGUUCUGGUGGGCCGUGGUUUCCAUGACGACAGUGGGUUAUGGCGACAUGUACCCCGUCACCAUCGGCGGAAAGAUCGUGGGCUCGCUGUGCGCCAUCGCCGGCGUGUUGACCAUCGCGUUGCCGGUUCCGGUCAUCGUGUCCAACUUCAACUACUUCUACCACCGAGAGACGGAGGGCGAGGAACAGGCCCAGCUGCUCAACGUCAGCAACCAGAACCUGGCGUCGGACACCAACUCGAGCCGGCGCAGCUCGUCGGUGGUCAGCAAGUCGGAGUACAUGGAGAUCGACGAGGACAUGAACAACAGCAUCGACAACUUUAGGGAAGCGAACCUCAGAACUGCCAACUGCACGGCGCCGAGCCAGAACUGCGUGAACAAGGCGAAGCUGCUCACCGACGUGUGA